UAUAAUUUACUUUCGCACGCAGGACCUUGAAGGAAACCGGAAGCAGAUCUGCAAGCAGAGAUCUGAUACGACUUCCGUUUUCCAACGUGCUGAUUCGCCAUGGAAGUCCAGAUGAGGAGCCUAUCCGGAAGAGCAGAUGGAGAAGAGGAGGAGGCGACGACAGUGUCGGCGCUUCGACUCCUCCCCUUUGCUGGGACCGCGCAGCAGCACUACGUCUCCGAGCUCCUCUCGUUUACCCUUGAUCGCCUGCACAAGGAGCCAGAGCUUCUUCGCAUCGAUGCGGAGCGCAUUCGGAGGCAGAUGCAGGAGGUGGCCGUCGGUAACUACCGUGCCUUCAUUGCCGCUGCAGAUGCCGUCUCCUUCAUCAAGGAGCAGCUUUCUGGAUUCGAUAAACACCUUGAUUCUUUGAUAACAGAGAUCCCAAAUCUUACAGCUGGUUGCACAGAGUUUAUUGAAUCAGCACAGCAAAUUUUGGAGGAAAGGAAGUUCAACCAGACGCUACUUGCGCAUCACAGCACUUUGCUUGAUUUGCUUGAAAUCCCCCAGCUAAUGGACACAUGUAUAAGGAAUGGCAACUAUGAGGAAGCCCUUGAUCUUGAAGCUUUUGUCAGCAAGUUGUCAAAAAUGCAUGUCGAGUUGCCUGUCAUUCAGGCAUUGGAAGCAGAAGUUAGAAAGACGAUGCAAUCUAUGCUAUCCCAGCUUCUUCAGAAACUUCGUUCAAACAUUCAGUUGCCUGAAUGUCUGCGGAUUGUUGCGCAUCUUCGUCGAAUAGGAGCAUUCACUGAAUCUGAGUUACGUUUGCAGUUUUUGAGGUGCAGAGAGACGUGGCUUUCUGGAAUUCUGGAUGACUUAGACCAGAGAAAUGUUUAUGAGUACUUGAAAGGGAUGGUCAGUUGCCACAGGACGCAUCUAUUUGAUGUUGUUAACCAAUAUAGGGCUAUCUUCAACAAUGAUAAAUCUGGGAGUGAGGAGAACUAUGAUGGUGGACUUCUUUUCAGUUGGGCCAUGCAUCAAAUAAGAAAUCACCUAAGCACUCUAGAAGCUAUGCUUCCCAAAAUCACUGAAGGUGGAUCCUUGUCAAAUAUUCUUGAUCAGUGUAUGUACUGUGCAAUGGGCCUGGGCUUAGUUGGACUUGAUUUUAGAGGCUUGCUUCCUCCACUUUUUGAAGGUGCAGUCAUCAACUUAUUCUCAAAGAAUAUGAGUACUGCAGUCAAGAAUUUUCAGAUUGUCUUAGAUUCGCACCGUUGGGUCCCUUUGCCAUCCGUUGGCUUUGCAAGUAAUGGAUCAAUGGAUGAAAGCAAUGAUGAUGUAGCACCACCCUCUGCACUGAUGGAGCAUCCACCUAUAGCCAUUUUUGUCAAUGGUGUUUCUGCUGCUAUGAACGAACUUCGACCAUGUGCUCCAGUAAGCUUGAAGUACAUUCUGGCUCAAGAGGUUGUCCAAGGCCUACAGGCAGUUUCUGACUCCUUGGUGAGGUACAAUGCCAUGCGGGUGCUCCGAGGAAACGAAUCUACUCUUUUUUUGUCUCUUUGUCGCGCUUUCGUGGAGGUAGCUUUUCCAUAUUGUGCCACUUGUUUCAACCGCUGCUAUCCAAAUGGAGCAUCCUUGAUCAUGGAGCACAGGAGUAUGUUAGACUGUCUAAGUCUGCUGUUUGCGACCCCUCCUGUCAGAGGAUUGAAAGAUUCCUUGGUGAGCAAGGAAGCUAAGCAACCAGUGGAGGCCGUAGCCGUUGCCAUAAUGACCGACCAUGAAGCUCCAGCCAAUGGUGAAAAAUCAGAGACAGACAAUCACGCUGAAGAAAUUGGCGCAGAAGUAGAGUCAACAAAGAUACAAAGUGAUCACUAGGUUAUGAUCUAUAUUUAUCAAUCAGAUUGAUCAAUCCAGCUUUUUCAAUCGUUUGACAAUGGUCUCAAUCACAUAUAUUUGAGAUUGGAACUUGAUAUUUUUAGCGCUAUAAAUUUCUCUAGUUCGAGGUUAUUGUUCAAAAAAAAAUGUGGAGCAACUAUCAUCAAUAGUUGAAAUGUUUUUACCUUAUA